GGCAAUUUGAUCCCCAAAACUCUCUCUCUCUCUCUCUCUCUCUCUUUGGCAUCGGAAUUGUUCUUCGGCAUCUCUCUUUUCUCUUUUUAAUUUUAUUUUAGAUUUAGAUUACUAGUUAGAACAAAUAACAGAUCUCCUUAUUUCUUUUUUAACUUAAUUCAUCAUCAUGACUUCUUCAAUCAUCAAGAUUGACGGUGAAGAACUGGUCAACCCUCUUGCAAAUCUUUCAAUCUCUGAUCAGAAGGAAAUGCAAAGUAAACCUGAGAACAAUGAGAUGGGAUUGGGGAAUCAUAGUGGCAUUUGCGCAAUUUGCUUGGAUAAGAUAAUGCUUCAGGAAACUGCUCUUGUAAAAGGUUGCGAGCACGCAUACUGUGUGAGUUGUAUCCUACAAUGGGCUUCAUACAAUAAUACACCGACCUGUCCUCAAUGUAAAAAUCCCUUUGAGUCGCUUGAUGUGCACCGUUCCCUGGAUGGCAGCAUUCAAGAUUAUAUGUUUGAAGAGAGCGUCUGCUUACUUCUUAGGGCCUCAUGGUUUAAGCCUUUGGUUGUGGAGGAACAGGAAGUGGUUUAUGAUGAUCUGGAAGAUUAUUACCCUUAUGAGGAUGAAGAGGAAGAAGAGGAUGAUCUGGAUGAAGUUUACUUCAACAGUUCAUCAAGUCUUCGAAUAGGCAAUAGAAGAUGGGGUGAUAAUGGAUAUGUUAGGGCAGGACGCCAAGAAGCAAGGCCUGUCUAUCUCCCAAAUCUGCAGGACUCAGGUGCUAGUUCCUCACGCCAGCGCAAAAAGAAAGAGGUUGCUAAAAGCACCCCAGCAACAGGGCGAAGAGCAAAGAGGGCUCUUAAGCGUGAAGCUGCAGAUAAGGCGGCUGCAGCAAAACAUCAAGAGCAUCUGGUGAGGUUGGGACGGAACCUCGGACCAUCAUGUGCUCAAUAAGUAGCCUUGAAACAUUGUAGUUGAUCUCCAUUUUGUACAGUAUCUCCAUACUUUUAACUAUGUGAAAUAACAAUGGCAUAUUUAGUUGGUUGGUUAUGCAGUGAUCACUGAUCAGUAGUUGAAUCACUGCAAUGUUGUGUCUUCGAAAAUUCAGCUCUAAUUAGACAACUGCUUGACUAUUCAAAUUCCGAAUUAUUUUUACUAUUGUUUAUCUGGGAA